AUGAACCCUCCAGGAAACGCCACUGUGUCACGGGUGGUUCUAACAGCCAGCGUCCAGCUCCAUUCGGCCAGAGGGCGGGAGGCCGUCGUCAGACGCAUUUCAGCCUCUCAGCCGCCUAACAGCUCAGCAAACUAUGGCAUCUCAUGGUCCCGCAGAGUCAGAGGGAAAUCUGGCUACCCCCCCCCCCCCAGGUCACAGGGGGCCAACCAGGGAGCUUCCCCGGUGCUUCCUCGGGCAGCUAGCCCGAGCUCUCAUCCCCAGAGUGUAAGGGGACCCUUGGCCCAGGGUUUCGUGCCCCCUUCCCAGGGUAAUGGGACCUCCGCCCUAGGAUACGGGCCCUUUGGCAGCGAGGGCCCAAAAAGCUGCUCCCCCGCCCAUGACGAUGGGCCCCCCACGGCAGCCAAAGGGUCAAGGCUGCCCCCCUGCCCAGGGCAAAGGGCGACUCAGCAACCCGGACAAUCACAGCAGCCCGAUCAGAAAUAA